ACCGUGAUGCCCUCAACCUCCUCCCACAAAGGGGCUACCUGUCCUGCUUGCAAGAGGUCCCUGGAAGAUGCAGUGACUGCCACCUGUGGACACAUCUUCUGUCGGCUGUGCCUCCCCCAGCCCUUCCACAUGGGGGCCCAGCACUCCAGCAGGGUCCUGCUCUGUCCCCUCUGCAAAGAGAAAGAGAAGACAGAGACCCUCAUGGUCCCUGUGCCCCUGGGUCCUCUUGGGGAGACUUACUGCGAGGAACAUGGUGAGAAGAUUUACUUCUUCUGUGAGAACGAUGCCGAGUUCCUCUGUGUGCUCUGCCGAGAGGGUCCCACCCACCAGGCCCACGCUGUGGGCUUCCUCGACGAGGCCAUUCAGCCCUACCGGGAUCGUCUCAGGAGUCGGUUGGAGGCUGUAAGCAUGGAGAGAGAUGAGAUUGAGGACAUAAAGAAUCGGGAAGACCAGAAGCUCCAAGUGCUUCUGACUCAGAUCGAAAGCAAGAAGCAGCAGGUGGAAGCAGCUUUUGAGCGGUUGCAGCAGGAGCUGGGGGAACAGCAGUGUCUUCUGCGGGCCAGGUUGACUGAGCUGGAGCAACAAAUCUGGAAGGAGAGAGAUGAGUACAUCUUAAGGGUCACUGAGGAGGUUGCCCGACUUGAAGCCCAGGUCAAGGAGCUGGAGGAGAAGUGUCAGCAGCCAGCAAGUGAGCUUCUACAAGAUGUCAGAAUCAACCAGAGCAGGCCCAAAUAUUCUCUUAAAGGAUCUACCUGGAUCCUCACUCUCGACCCUCAGACCGCCAGCCCAAGUCUGGUGCUGUCGGAGGACAGGAAGUCGGUGAGGCACACCCGGCAGAAGCAGAACCUGCCCGACAGCCCCCAGCGCUUCGAGGGCUUCCCGGCGGUGCUGGGCUCUCCCGGCUUCUCCUCCGGACGCCACCGCUGGCAGGUGGAGGUGCAGCUGGGAGACGGCGGCGGCUGCAUGGUAGGGGUGGCGGAGGAGGGGGUGGGGAGGACGGAGAAGGGCCUGAGCGCCGACCAGGGCGUCUGGGCCGUGGGCAUCUCGCACCAGCGUUGCUGGGCCAGCACCUCCCCGGGCACCAACCUGCCGCUGGACGACAUCCCGCGCAGCGUGGCCGUCGCCCUGGACUACGAGGAGGGGCGGGUGACCCUGCUCAACGCUGAGACGCAGGCGCCCAUCUUCACCUUCACCGCCUCCUUCUCCGGCAAAGUCCUUCCUUUCUUCGCCGUCAGGAGAAAAGGUUCCAGCCUUACUUUGAAGGGCUGAGCGGGAGCGUCCGAAGGGCAGGGCGGAGCGGUGAAAGCAGCGCCCUGGU